ACUGGCACUAGUAGGUGGAUUGACAUCAUUUUUAGUUGGAGUUUGGUUUUGUAUGUUCGUGUUUGUACAAUUUUGAAAAUUUAUUUGUCAUAAUUUUUCGAAAGCGUAUUAAGAAAGUUGCAUCUAAGCUAUUUAAGAAACGUUUCUGCAUAAUAUGAGUGAACAAGCCGGUUUUGGUGAGUCUUUUAGCACACAAAACGAAGUUGACAUGUGUGAAAACUUGUUUGGUUUACCAUACAUUGAUAGCCCAUCUAGUGUUGAUUCUGGUAUGGCUAGGUCACCUUUUUCUUGUGAUUCAUCAAGUCCUAGCUCUCCAUCUUCACCUAAUUUACCAAAUAUACCUGAAGAGGAGUUCCAAAACAUUGCACCUUUGACAGAAAGUGAAGAUGAUAGACAUCCUAGUAAUGUCAAAAAUGGCAAAUUACUCCAGGAUAAGCCACAAACCCCUCGAUUUACUGAGAAGACUGUUAAGAAAUUACUGGAGCUACUGGUUGCUGCCAAGACGACAGAUGAGCGUUCUUUGCUAUCCAAUCUUUUGACCACUCUUGUCACAAAUUCGCUAAAGAAAGAUGAAACUCCUUCAACUUUACCUGGUAAUGUUAAGAAGAAUAAACAUGAACUUUCUUUGCUUACUCUGGGGAAAAAAAGACCAUCCAGUCCAUAUAGUAAUGAAGUUCCUUGCAAAGUAAUGAAAACGGUUGAUCCUGUUAAGCCUUCUAUAGUCAUGGUUGAACAGCCUGAGCAGAACUACAGAGCCAGGUACGAGAGUGAAGGAUGUCGUGGGCCUGUUCAUGGUUCAUCUGAGCUGACAUUCCCUACAUUUCAGGUAAAAGGAUACAAUGAACCAUUGUGGGUCACUGUAUAUCUUGCAACAAGUAAUGGAACACCCCAUUUCCAUCUGUUGUGUGGUCCUGGGUCCACUAAAUUGCCUUGCCAAAAUACAACCCUACUAGAUGGUGUUGGUGCUAUUCAAGUGCUGGUAGGACCAGAAACUGAAAUGACUGCUGUCUUAGAUUGCAUCAGUUUGAAGAGACGGCGGAAUUUUGAGGCGGACAAAGAAUUACGAAGAAGAGGUUUAAAUCCUGUUGACUGGAAAUCAGAAAGGAAAGAAGCCUGUUUUGUUAUGACUGCAGAAAUACCUGGUUAUCCCAGUCAGACUAUUACUUGCAAGUCAAAAGUUUUUCAGUGUACUGCUCCCCCAGGAAAUCCUGAAAUCUGGUGGAUGAGACCAGUUCAAGGUUAUGUGACAGGUGGUGAGGAAAUUGGCAUUAUUGGGAAGAAAUUCCUAAAAGGGUUCCAAGUGAGAUUUUAUGGAGAAUUACCAAAUGGUGAGAUGUGGCAAGCUUAUGGGGAGAUUGAUAGGAGCAAAACAAACACGGGUGCUUGUGUGGUGAAGUCACCCCCUCUCAAAGACCCCAUAACCAGUCCUCUAACUGUCAACGUUGAAAUUAGUGGGGACCUCUCAAACAAUUACACCAGUAGCGAUUCGGCAUCGUUCACAUACGUACCUCUUGGUAAGCCAUCAGAAGCGAAGGAUGGCACAAUGUCACUCGAUGUCUUCGAAGAGACACUCGAACUUUCGGAAAUACUUCGUGAGAUUGCUCAAAUGUCUCCCGAAUCUACGCAUGUUCUUGAUAUGGGUAUUGAUGCCUUGAGCAAAGAGUGGAAGGAAAUUUCGGAAGCCAUUGCGCAACUGCACAUUGAUGGGCGUAUCAGUGACUCCCAAAAUAAGGAGCUGAGAUUUCUGGUAUCACAACACGACACCAUUCUGCUGGAGGCGUUCCGUUCAACCAAACAAUCAGUGUCAGACUCUGAGUUUCUUCCCGUGUUUUGUCAGUAUGUCGCUGGUUUGACGACCAUUUCGAUAAGCGCGAGCUAAGUACGUACAAUUUCUUAUGUACCGCAAGCACUUUCGUUCGUUCACAUUGACGAUAUGUAAAUACUUUAUAUUGCGCAAUUCGAAAAUAGAUACAUUACUUGCCUGAUUAAAAUUUAAACUCAAUUUUUGAGAUUUCUGAAUAGAAGCAAAAGAUUUUUUAAGAUAUAUAGUAUACCUUUACGAAAAAAUGUACCAACCCUUUCAACUAUUUUCGAGUUUCGCGUAUGCCUAUUCGAAUAGAGAAGCUUUGAUUUUUGCUUAGCAAUUAUUAAUGUAAUGUUUAAGUUAUUGCUUGAACUGUAAAAUAACAAUUGUGUAUAAUUUAUUGACCGCAUAUGUAGUAUUUAGGUUAUUAUAUAACCGAUAUAUAAAACAUUAAGUAAAUCUUAAUAUACUAAAAGUAAACAUCA